AUGGCGGAGAGAGGUGUCCUCGUGCCAAAGGACAUCCAGGCAUGGCUGGAGCCGAAGCUGCAGCCCGAUCUCACACGGGCCCAGCGACUGCUGGAGGGUCAGAGCUCGUUAAAGCAGAACCUGUCAGUGCAAAAGAACAGCUCAUGGAGGCGACCAAUCAAGCAACACGCCUCUGAUUCCCACUUCAAAGAAGAUGAGCCGGCUAUGUACAUACGUGGCCGAUACAACCCAGGACUCGACACGUCCAUUCGCCUGAAGGAGGAGGCCAAGGCAGCACCAGAUGCCGCGAAGACGACGUUUGAGAAAGCAGACAAGAUAGCGCAGCAGGGCAUUCAAUUGCCUGAGGAGGUCCAGGCAGGGCUGCGGGACGCCCGCCACAUGACCACUGAUUCGGACACUGGAUAUCAAUCCGCCGCCGCCGCCGCCACCUCCUCCCGCUCCCGCUGGCCCCCCAGCCCCCUCUGGUCCCGUGGCCAACCAAGAAGCAGAAGCGUGAAGAGGAGAUCCGGCGCAAUGAGCGCCAGAGAAUCACUCACCUCAUGGAGGCAGAAGGGGCGGACCUGGGCAGAAUUGCCAGAGUCCAUCCAGAGAGGGCUGGGGGUGCCGCAGCUGCGGCCCAAUCUAACACCCGCCCAGAAGCUCCAUCUUACAGAGCUAGAAGGCGAGUGGGCUGCAGCAAAGCUGGAGCGGGAGGAGGUGCACAAGAAGUGCAAGGCGGCCAAGGAGGCAGUGGAGAAGGCCCAGAAGGACUUGGAAGAGGCAGAGAAGGCCUGGCGCUCCGCCGACAACACAAUAAAGAAAGUGUCGGCGGAGCGCCGGCUCUUCUUUGAAAAUCAUUCAAUUGCCUGA